AUGUUUGAAGGGCAAAGGCAUUUUAUUGGAAAGCUGCAGGCACAUCUGCAUCAUUCGCAGUUCAAGAUGCCGGAUUUUCCAAACUCCAAAAGAUGUCGAAACAUCCGAGUGGGACGAGCAGGAGUACCGGAAGACGUGAAAGAAGGGCAUUUUGCAGUUUUAGCAGCCAAGACUGAGAAACCACAGAGGUUUGUAGUUGAACUACAGUUUCUAAACAAUCCUGCAUUUCUGAGUUUGCUUAAAAGGGCAGAAGAGGAAUAUGGGUUCGAACAGAAGGGUGUUCUUGCUGUUCCUUGUCGCCCCGAGGAAUUAGAGAAGAUUUUGCAGUGCAAGUGUUGA